UCACCGUUUCUGCCUUUUAUUGAACAAAAUUAUGUGGAUGUUUCCACAAAUAUUGAUGCUUAAGACGUGAUCGUCUUCGAAAAAUCUGCUGUGUUUUACUAUAUAUAUAUAUAUAUAUAUGAUAUGAUAUGAAGGGCUAAUGCAUUUUCACUUUUCAGUGCUGUAGUAGUGUUCGUUGAAGUGAAGAGUGUUUUUUAACUCUCUGUUUCUUUUCAUUUUGUGUUGGAGUAUCUUUACACUGUUGUUUUCUAGGUUUCACUUCAGUUCGUAGAAGCGAAUCAUAUUAGAAUGUGGCCUAUUUUUGGGUGACGCGACUAAAUUACCUGCAGGAUGCAUCCAUGGCUGAUAGAUUGUGAUUUGAUUUCCGAUUUUGCUUUCAAUUUUGGCUUUGAAAUGGUUAAGAAUUGGUAUUUUUUGUUUCUGUUUGUUCUACGACUGGUUGUGGUCUGGUACGAAGAGUUGUUUCUGCUGCAACAUACAUUUUUAGUAUUUUGUGAUUGCAAGGUAUGAUGCAAAUAUAAAUAUUUAGGUAGUUCGCUUGGUUUUGCCUGGAUUGUUUCUAUUUUGUUUGAUACAGUUGUAUUUACUUGAUUUCAGAACUUCUGCUCUCAUGGCUUUAUGUUUUUCUUAGGUUUCAGUACUUGUUUAUGUAUAGAAUUUUACUAACAACGCUGUGCUGCUGCUGGACAUUAAUGCUGUAUCUUUAGCUACAUUUUGUUUCCAUAGGUGUCUUGUGAAGUUGAUAUGGGUUGUUUGAGGUUAGAAAUUUUCGUCUUAGAAAGAAGCUUGUUUUGUUUUUAAAAAAAAAAAUUUCUUCUGAAACUGUUUUAAAUUUGUCAAGAAAAGGAGUAAAGCACUAGACUCCAGAGGAGUUGCACACGGUGUUUCAUUUACGACUGAAGUAGAUUGCUUGUUAUAACAUUAAAUUCAAAGUCUUCAUCACUACUCAAAUGAAGUUGCCUUCUGUACAUGUUUAGAAAAUCAAGACUGGCUUAGAGACUUAUUUUGAGAAUACAACCUGCUAUAAUUGCAAAAUAUUAAGGAUUCCUGGAAAGCUUAAAAACUCUUAGGAUAUAACUCCAUAUGCUUAUCUGGACUACUUAUAGUUGUAGAAUAUAGAAUCUGGCCUACUACCAUAUCUUUUGUUACCUUUUUAUUACUGAGUUAAGUUGGUGCCUAUAGCACAUUGUUUGUUCGUUCAAUUUCUCUAAAGCCUCAAGAUUUCUAAGAAGUUCUCCAUUGGUUGUUGUUUUUGAUGCUGUGACCUGUAAGCUCCUAUCUUGAUGAAAGUUGUACCUAGUUAGAGUCCUUCCUCUAUGGUAUUUCACUACUUGUUGUAUUGCCCUCUGCAUUAAUGAUUAAUAACUAACUUGCUGUGGUUUGGGUAAGUAAUACUCCCUUCUUUAAAGUCUAGAAACUCCCUGUUGUUUAACCGCAUGGAUAUUCUUUCAAGACCAGCAAAAUUAGCAUAGUCUGCAAUGGUUAACUCACAGCCUUUGGUUGCGUUGUCAAGAGUGUACCUAAAAUAGCUUUGAAUAAACAUGAAAGUGAUAAAUAAUGCUUUACGUACAUAUCAUGAUAUGUCAAACACUGCUACAUUUUGUUCAACUCCAUGUUUGGGAUAUUAAGAUAGAAAUCUAUAUUUUAAGCAUCAGUCAUUCUUGAAUUCAUCCUUUUAAUGGAGGCUUCUUCCUUGGCUUGCUUGUGAGCUUCCAUGGUUUAUCAUUGGUACCAUGCUCAGACUUCAAUCACCCCCCUCUGUACUUUAAUCCAAUCAAUCAUUGAUUAAGGGUAAUCUUUUUUGUUUUGGCCGGUAGCUAAAAGAAACUCUUCAUUUUCUCUUGAACAAGGGAAGGGCAACAUAGCAUUAGCUUCAAUAGAACAAGCUCAACCUUGAAAAGAAAAUGGUAGGCCGAUGUUAAGCGCUUCAACUUGGCCACCGAGGAAGAGAAAACGGUCUUGGGUUUAGUCUAAAAAUCCAUUCACAUCAAUAGGGGGCAAGGAACCAAUAAGGAGCAAGUACUUAAGCAGAUGGGUUCCAAAUUCUCUAGCAAUAAUUCUGUGAUCAAUAAUUGAAAUAGUUCAGCUGAGGGUUUUAUCAUCCUAUUAUAUCUUUUCCUUGGUAGCAACCAUGAGUUGUACUUGCAUAUUCUCCCAUUCUCCCCCUAUUAGCUCUACGUGCAAAAUAUUUCUGUUAAUUACUUUGUCCUUUCUUUGUUUGUUCGUAUGACACACUUAUGGUUACUUCUUCCUCUCAAUUUGUGAUCUCAAGAUAGGACAUUUCCAACUUAUGCCUAGAUUGAGAAUUCUUUUUCACUAUUUGGGCAUCUUUGUUUACUCAUUUUUGUCAUUAAAACACCCAGAAGUACUAUUAUUGAACCUCGACCUUAGUUAUUAUUGAUGUUACUUGUUUUUCUCUUCUACUUCAAAGCAUAGUUAACAUUUAUGAAGCUUUCCUUACACAAAGUUUCCUAACUGCUAUCACAACAAGUUGAUGCAAUCACCUUAUCACACACACAAAAAAUACUUUGAUGCAGUCACAGUUCAACUCCACAGUUGGUGAACUUGUAAUUCUUCCAGAUGGCUUUAACAGGAAGGCCACCAUUUGUGCUCAUAAGGAAUAUGUAUUUGUUGUUUCAUCCCUAAAUGUUCUGCAUGUCAUGCUUUAACAUUGUUAAUGCUCAUAAAAACAACUUGAACCUGGUAUUCCAUCCUCCCCGAUAGCAUGGAAAUGCUUUAACAUACUUAUCUUCGCUGAUACAUGUGGAUUUGACACUGCCGUCAAUCUUAACUAAUUCUGCUCAUCAAUAUUUUUUAAUUAAUUCUUGAAAAGACAAGAGUUAGUGGUAGUGGCAGAAACGAAUCUCGUGUAUGAUCUUAGUCUUUUUCUGGUGGUUGUUGAGUACUGACUGUUAAUGAUCAUAGACAUUCAUAGUGUGCAGGUUCGACGAGAAUUGUGUUUACCAACUCUUACAAUCAAGACUUCCAACAUCAUUGGUCCAUGACUGGCAGGCCAUUUAUCCCACAAUAUAAUGGGGGCUGGGAGAAAGACGUCAACAGUGGGGCUAAAGGAGAAAAGCAAAUACACGUCGACAGUUAAUGGUAGUACAUCAGCUAGGAAUCUGAGAAAGGCUGACCUUGGAUCAGUAAUUUUUGGAUGCAAGCAUUUGACAUAUAAGGAAUGCAUGUUCAAACAGUUAUUUGGUUUACCAGCUUCUCAUUUCUCAUAUGUGAAGAAUAUCAACAUUGGCUUAACUCUAUUCCUAUUCAACUAUAGUGAUCGAACGCUCCAUGGGAUCUUUGAGGCUGCUAGCCCUGGGCAGCUGAAUAUCAAUCCGUAUGCGUGGACGUCUGAUGGAACAGAGAGUACACCAUAUGCAGCACAGGUAAGGAUCCGAGUGCGGAAGUUGUACCAUCCCUUGACUGAAGAUCAGUUUAUCUCAAUCAUUGGUGACAACUAUUUUGCGCCAAAGUUGUUUUGGUUUGAGCUGGAUCGAAGCCAAACCAAAAGAUUGGUUGACUUGUUUUCAUCUUUGCCAGCCUUUGAUGAUGUCAUUAGCCUGCAAAUUCCAUCUAAGUUGAAACAUCCUUUCAAAAGUUCACCAACGACUGUGCCAAUAGAUGCAGUUGGUAAAACAGAAGACUGGAAGCACUUAGAUCAUGGUGGUUGGGCAGAUACUCCAAGAUUGGUGAAUACUGAUACCACCGAGAACCUAAAUUAUGAGAAGUCACAUGCCUCUGUGCUUAGAAGCACUAGUGCAUCCACAUCAGUAAUUGAACCCAUGUCUAAUUCACAGAAGUUGUGGAGUUCAUUGUUCAAAUCAUCAGCUUCUGAUAUGGAUAAGAUGGAUCCAACUUCUAACAUGGACAAGACAGAUCCAGUGCUGAAUUCAUCUUCAAGUCUUAGUUCACCAUUCCCAGAUAAAGGUAGAAUGGAUUGGGAUUCAUGCCUUCCAUCUUCUGUUGACAAAGAUGGACAUAUGUAUCAGGCUUGGGGCUUAGUGGAACAUGAAGAACCUGUUGAAUCAAUAUCAGGCUCUGCCAGUUGUUCAAUGCAGAAUCAAUCAAUCUCCUCCAGUCAGCAGAGCAAGUUGUGUGAAAGGCAAUACACGGUACAGGAGAGUGAACAUUCUGAACUCGCUGUUUCUGAGUUGAAUCUUCAGAAGCUAAAUGAACUGAAUAUUGAAUGGGCGUCAUCCUGCGGAGGAAGUCAGCAUGCAGAGUCUUCUAUGGACAAUGAUAAUGUGGAAGUGCCGGAUGAUGGACCAACAAGUUUAAUGGGCUUAAAGGAGGAAGGUCAAAGAGAUAUUUCUCAAACAUCUUUUGCUAAUAACAUUAGUUCUGAAGUGCUGGGGAUACUCAAACAAGUGAACCCUUCUGAUCCUUUAGCCUUUGUAGCCAAGUUAAUAGGAGAAGUGGAGGGAUUGAAGAGAUCUAAGUUGGAACAAGACCGGCAAAUGAUGAUUCUGGAGCAAGAGUUGGUUCAUUACAAAUUGGAACUGCGACAAAUCAUUCCAUUGAGAAAUCAAUGGAGUCAACAACCUUCGUUGAAUGAGAAAAAGGGGUGCUUAGCCGGAGCUUCUUUGAAUGACAAAAUUUUUGCUUUUGGUGGUGGAAAUGGUGAUCAAUGUUUUUCAGAGGUAGAAAUGUUUGACUUGAACCUUGGACAUUGGAUCUCUGCUCAGUCAAUGAUGGAAAAGCGGUUUGCUCCAGCAGCAACAGAUAUUAAUGGUGCUAUAUAUGUUGCUGGUGGUUAUGAUGGGAAGGCUUAUACGAAAUCUGUUGAAAGAUUUGACCCGAGGGAACAUACAUGGACUACUGUGGAAUGCAUGAAAAUGAGGAGGGGAUGCCACUCUUUGGUUGCCUACAAUGAGAAGUUAUAUUCAUUGGGUGGUUAUGAUGGAGAGAAGAUGGUUUCAUCUGUUGAGAUACUUGAUCCACAGUUUGGUUCAUGGGUGAUGGGAGAGCAGAUGAACAGACCCAGGGGUUACUCUGGAGCAGUUGUGAUAGGAGGAAAAAUAUUUGUAAUUGGCGGGGUAAACGAUCAAGAGGAAAUUCUGAAUUCGGUUGAAUGCUAUGAAGAUGGCCAUGGUUGGCAGAUGACUAACUCGAGGACUUUAGGGAAGAGAUGUUUCUUCUCUGCCGUCGUCUUGUGAGUUUGGGAAGAAUAUCUCAACGUUUUGGUGCUAAUACAUGUAAUGUACUUUCAUUAUAUUAUGACAUAGGUAAUGACUUCACUGCACAUAUUGCAGAUCCAGAUAUGUAAAUGAUAAGUAAAAUAUAACUAGUGUCUAGUGAUAUAUACACUGGUACACAAGAAGUGCUAAGCUCAUGUGUGACUGUCUUAAACUCCAAGCUUUUGCCGCUUCACUGAAAUUCUGUUAUACAAUAUUUAAGACGCUGUCGAUCGGUUCUAGUGGAA